AUAACAACACCAAUGCCUUCUCUUGCGGAGGUACCCAGGUUCAAGUCACCAUACGUGGCUUCUUUAAGAUUCUUCAGCCGGUGGCCGUGAAGGGUAUCUUUGAGAGUGUGACGGGGCUGCUAACAGACAGUGAGGAGGAGGACAGAGAGGACUACACCUGCGCUGUGUGCCUAGAUGUGUACUUAAGCCUCUAUAGCUGCAACCCCUGUGGCCACAUCUUUUGUGAGCCCUGCCUCCGCACGCUGGCCAAGAACAGGCCCGCCAACACCACCUGUCCCCUAUGCCGCACCCUCAUCUCACACACACUUUUCCAGAAAGAGCUUAACCAGUCAGCUAAGACUUUCUUCCCGAAGGUCUACCACACACGGAACUGUGCUAAAUGGCCUCUUCCCAACUGCCUAAAACGUUUCAGCAUCUUUUGGGACUCGUAUGUUUUGGAGUCGUCGAUGCCUCGAAUGACGGAGCAGUGACGAAUGGUUGGCUCAGGCUCCCAGUGAAUUCGCCUCUCACGUAAAGGCACAACGGAAGACGGAUUUAAGCCAAAGUUGGCCUUCUGCAGGGGUGAAGGUGACUCGCCUAGCCGCUGAGGUGAGAGGGAGCUGCGAGAAGCCGUCCGCUACUCGCACUCAUCCUGCAAGCUGAACAUUUUAGACCCCGCAGGAACAUCGACAAGAGCCUCCACCUCGGCUGCAUCCUCGGGGAAUAUUAUAGAUAGGCUGUCGGUGGGGUUUUAUCAGUGGCUGUGUAUGCAUGUGUUCUGCACCGAACGGGCGCAAGAACCGCCCCAGAUCCGCAGCGAACAUUUUUCAUCUCAGCAAACCACUGCAGAGGGACCCGGAACGCCGGGAGAGCACCGAGAGCACGCGGAAAGCCCAGCGGGCCGUAGGCGACUGUAGGAUGACAGUCCAAGAUUUCAACACUCUCGUGGCGCUGUACCGAGAACAGGUCAUAACUAUUGGGGAGAUUUCGGCCGAUUGUCCCUCUUUACGGGCGGUGCUGCACCGCACCAGGACCAAAGGAUGCACAAUGGCCCAAGCUGCCCAUCAGAACCUCACCGUAAUAUCUGGGUCUGGGCCAGAGGAUGGGGAGAUCCACCCAGAGAUCUGCCGGCUAUUCAUUCAGCUACAGUGCUGCCUGGAGAUGUUCAUCACGGAGAUGCUCAAGUCCAUGUGUCUGCUGGGAGUGCUGCAGCUCCACAGGAAAGGAAAGGAUUCAUACCCAGAGCCCAGGUUGGACUUCAAGAUGGAUGAGAGCUCUGAUGUUCCCAUUCUGGAGGAGCACUCCUCCUCACCUGUGGACUACCAACAUGAGUCCUGGCUGGUGUGCACCGAUAUUGAAAACAUAGAGAGGGACAUGCGAGAGAUGAGAAACCUACUAAGCAAACUCAGGGAGACCAUGCCUUUACCACUGAAAAACCAAGAUGACAGCAGUCUGCUGAAUCUCACUCCUUACCCGCUGGUCAGGCAGAGGAAGAGGCGCUUCUCUGGGUUCUGCUGCCUGGUGUCCAGCUAAAAGGGCAGCACACCAACCCUACCCAACACCUUACAUGUUUUCCAACCUAUUACUGCCAUUUAGGAAAUGAACUUUGUUUUAUCUUAAAGCUGAUCAGUCUGUCUUUAUUUUUGUAGAUUAUUCUGUGUAGAAAAAGCUAUUCAAAUGAUAAGAUGUUAUGCACAUGCAUAUUUUGCUAUUAUGGUAUUCAAGUCGUCUCCCUUCGUAAAAAAGGAGAACCUUUAUAGGUCUAUAGGUAAGCCCAAACAGAUGUGCCAAGCUGAUGACAUAAGAGAUUCAGUAUUUUGGUAGACUGCUUUGCCUAAACUUUGCCUUUAGACAUCUUCCUCAGAAUGUCAUAUUUAUUUCACUGUGCAAUGCUUCUUUUGCAGUCUUCCAUGAAAAGGAAAUCGGUCUCCAACUUACAUUUUCCAUCACAAGGGCUUUGCAAUGCUACAUAUAAAAGCCAUUUCUCAUUUAAUGUAAAUACAAUAUACACUACCAGUCAAAAGUUUUAGAACACCUACUCAUUCA